CGCGCAUUGAAACGAGGAGCAGUGGCCCCGAAGCCCGGGCGGAAUGUCUUUCUACCGUUAGGAUGCUGUAGCUUUCGCCACAUAACCUGCGGACUGUUGUGGUGUGGCCUUCAAAGGUCAGAGUGAUGCUUCUGGCGGCUCUGCUGUGAUCUCGGUUGCUGAGGUUUCCACAGAAACGGGACUGCAGUAGGCAGAAAGGAGUCGGGUCGCUAAAAGAUGACAUCGCCGUCGCCCACUCACAGUGACAGCAGCAGCUCCUCGAAGCAUGACAGUAACCAGCAUUGCUCCUGUGUCUCCCCCCAGGACAGCUGGGAGAUUGUGGAGGGGCUCAGGGGGGUUCCUGCCAGCAUGCAGGAGCCUGACAGACAGGAAGGCUUCCUUCUCAAGAGGAGGAAGUGGCCCAUGAAGGGGUGGCAUAAGAGAUACUUUGUGUUGGAGAAAGGCAUCAUGAAGUAUGCCAAGCGUGGAACUGAUCUGAAGAAGGGAAAGCUUCACGGUUGCAUCGAUGUUGGCCUCUCUGUCAUGUCCAUCAAGAAGAAAGCCAUGUGCAUUGACCUGGACACAGAGGAUAACAUCUAUCACCUAAAGGUGAAGUCUCCAGAGCUGUUUGAGGAGUGGGUGUCAAAGCUGCGUCAUCACCGCGUGUUUCGGCAGAAUGAGAUUGCCAUGUAUCCCCACGAGAGGCACCUCUUCCACCCCCACGCCUCAUCCUCCCCCUCUCUCAAUGACUCUCUGAGAAAAAGGGCUACUCUUACCAAGCAGGCGUCAGCCCACCAGGCUAAGGUCAGCUCUUGGCUCCAUUCCACCGGGGACAUGGACAAGUGCUGCAAAGACUUGGAGGAAUGUGAAUCGUACCUGCUUGAACUCAACCUGCUGCUGAAGAGCAUGGAGGUCCUCCACCGCACAUACUCAGCCCCGGCCAUUAGUGCACUACAGGCGUCUACUUAUGACAUCCCCAAAAAAGAGAAGAGGCCAAGGAGAUGGCGAUCUAAAAAUAAUGGCAAAGAAAGCAAAGCCACACUACAGGUCCCAAGCUGCAUCUCCUCUCAAACCCCCCGUCUCCACGCCUCCAACCCCAACCUCUCCACCACUGAGUCAAACACCCAGGAGGUCUGUCCUGAAUCCCCAGACUCACCUACAGACGUGUCCCGUCUACAGGAGGACUUCUGCAGGCUGGCAAACAACAUCCACGCCACGCUGAAAUCUGCUUUUAGUUCCCUAGUAGCAGAAAGAGACAGACUGAGGCACACCAUCGACCUGCAGGCCCCGCAGCCAGUGCAGGUCAUGGGGUUGAAGACGGCUUAUGCCUCAGAAUGUACGGGCAGUUCCCACUCUUUGGUCCACCAGGCGUCUAAUGAGAGCAGGGCAUCUAUCCCAGAGUCGAUAUCAGAGUUUUUUGAUGCUCAGGAGUACCUCCUCUCCUCUUCCUCCUCUGAGAAUGAAGUGUCUGACGAUGACUCGUACAUCAGUGAUGUCAGUGACAGCGUCUCCAUGGAUACCUACAGCAACGAGGGAGGCAGUGAGAGACACAACUCUGUUAGCAGCGUGGUGACCCUGGCUCGCCGGCGCUCCACGCUGCCCUCCACCAGUCCCAACAGCAGCGUGAGCCUGUGGAACAUCCUGAGGAACAACAUCGGCAAGGACCUGUCCAAGGUGGCCAUGCCGGUACACCUCAAUGAGCCACUCAACACCCUGCAGAGGCUGUGUGAGGAGCUGGAGUACAGUGAGCUGCUGGACACUGCCAACCAGACCCAUGACCCUUACCAGCGCAUGGUGUAUGUCGCUACGUUUGCAAUAUCUGCAUAUGCAUCCACCUACCAUCGAGCAGGAAGUAAACCCUUUAACCCUGUCCUGGGAGAGACGUACGAGUGUGACAGACCGGAUAAAAGCCUCAGGUUUAUAGCUGAACAGGUGAGUCAUCAUCCACCUGUGUCAGCAUGUCACUCUGAUUCAAGGAACUUUACAUUUUGGCAAGAUGUCCGAUGGAAAAAUAAAUUCUGGGGCAAAUCCAUGGAAAUCGUUCCCAUGGGAACCACCCAUGUCACACUACCUGCGUUUGGGGAUCACUAUGAAUGGAACAAAGUGACAUCCUGCAUCCACAACAUCCUGAGCGGCCAGCGCUGGAUCGAACACUAUGGAGAGAUGGUCAUCAAAAACAUCAACAGUGACACCUGCCAGUGUAAAAUCACAUUUGUCAAGGCAAAAUCAUGGAGCUCUACAGUGAACGAGAUAGAGGGCGUGGUUACAGAUUCAAAUGGAAAAGUUGUGCACUCCAUUUUUGGAAAAUGGCAUGAGUCGGUUUUCCAAGGAGACCCACCUUCUGCCACAUGUAUCUGGAGAGCAAACCCCAUGCCAGUGGACCAAGAGCAGUACUAUGGCUUCACCCAGUUUGCGGUGGAGUUAAAUGAGCUGGACUCCACCCUGAGACCUCUGCUGCCCCCCACAGACACACGCUUCAGGCCGGACCAGAGGCUGUUGGAGGAGGGGAACACAGAAGGAGCUGAGGAGCAAAAACAGAGGAUAGAGCAGCUCCAGAGGGAGAGGAGGAAAGUGCUGCAGGACAACAACAUGACACACCAGCCACGCUUUUUCAAGAAGUCAAGCAACGAGACAUGGGUGAGCAACAACACAUACUGGGAGCUGCGCAGAGACCCUGGCUUCAGUAAAAUCGACUUCCCUGUGUUGUGGUGACCUCUUUAACCAAACCACUCUCCACUACUACUUAUCACAGAAAGGGAAGUAUGAAACUGAACUGAGACCAGCCUCCAGCUGUCCUGACCUGGUUAACAUGAAUUGCUCCGUGUCACGGUAACCCACACCCAAAUGGACUUCCUGCUUCCUCUUUCAGGACUGAGCAGAGCCUGUAGAACUUCUGAUGAUUUUGUUUCUGUAGUUUAUUACGUUUCUCCUAAAGGGUGUAUUGUCUCCUCUCAUUAUCAUAACUGUAAUUUACACAUCGUCAGUAUAGACUGAAGAUUCAUAUCAUUAUGUCCCGUUGCAUCAUUCUCAGCAUUUACGACAGUGCCUUUCAUUGCAGUGCCUCACUCAGUCAACUGUUGUAGCAGUUAUGCAAAAACACUUUUUUCAGAGACUUUGGAAAAUCUUGAUUUCAGUAUGAUUUGGACUUAACUGGACUGGAAAGGAUCAGGAAGUUCAGAAGGUCAAACCUGGUAUUGCUCCAUCCAGUGAGCAUUGUGACUGAAGUCAGAGGACUUGACUGGUUCCUGAAAUCACUGGCUGAUCAGAGGUUGUCAUUAGAAAAGAAAGACUUCAGCCUUUUUUGCUGCCUUGUUAUAAUUAGGUAUGACUGUCAUAUGACCAUGGAUAAUGUUUGUCAAUGAGGAAAACUGCAAUAAUAUUCCAUGUUCAAAGAAGAUAAUAAACUGCACAAUGGAGGGAAAGUUAG